AUGAAGUACCCACACUGUCUUUUCUUGCUGGCAGCUGCCUUUUUGUGCUCUGCUGAUGCCUUUACCCAAUCCUUCAGCCACUGCCGGGGACGACACACCACUAGCAUUGUUACGACCAGUAGCAUGUUCCUGAGCGACAUUCCAUCGGAUGUGGAUGAUUCCAUGGAAGAAGAACCCGCCGUAUCAACAACAGAAAUCGAAGGCGACGUUGUCACUGUGGAGAGUGAAGAUGUUGAAACCGAUUGGGGAACUUUGGUCUCUGAUGUUCUUGACUUGAUUCCAUCCACUCUAGGAGAAGUCUCGGAGACUGCCCGUGCCGAAAUCAACGAAGUUUUGUACAAGUUGGAAGCAUUGAAUCCAACCGACGAACCAGCAAAAUCUUCUCUAUUGAAUGGCGAGUGGGAAUUGAAGUAUUCUGGCGGAUAUGUCAGUGAGGGAGCUCUCGCUUCACCAACCAGGCAGAUUGCUUUGUUCCUGUACUCGGGCGGCUACAGUCCCGGUAUCUUUGCCCUUUCCUUGGCCCGCAAACUUCCAGCUGGCCUCGUAUCGGUUGGUGAUUUGAAGAUCAACAUUUUUGACCAACAACCACGAGUACAAGCGUCCGUCGACUUGAGUCUUCCAUUUGCUGGUGAAUCAUCAGUUCAAGUAAAGGCUGCACUAAAGACAGAAUCCGAUAUCCGGCUACGGGAAACCUACGAGAGUGCUGAAGUUAUGGGCAACACCAUUGAGAUUCCCGAAAUGCUACAAUACUCUCGAGAACUCUACGUCACCUACCUCGACGAAGACCUUUUGGUGGUUCGAGAUGGAAGUGGUAUUCCAGAACUGUUGGUUCGACCAAACAAGGUUUCGACCAUGUAG